AAAAACACAAUAUGUCAAAACAAACAUAUCGAUUAUGUUUCUUCUUAUCGAGGCGAUUCAAAAUGAUAGAGCCUGAAGUUCCUCAAGAAAUCAAAUCUAUAUUCGAAGAUUACUCGGAAAAUGGGAUCAUGUCCAUUGACCACCUUCAUAAAUUCUUGAUACAAAUACAAAAGGAGGAUCAUCAUCAAGUUUCAAUAGAUGAUAUUGCAAAGUCUAUAAUAUCAUUAAACAUGAUGAACAAGCCCAAACAAUACCCUUCAUCUAUUUUUCCGAGAAAGAAGAAUCAAAACGCAACCACGACCUUUGUUGGCCUAGACCUCGAUACCUUCUUUCGCUUCCUCUUCAACCACACCAAUUCUCCUCUUCCCAUCCCUUCCGAGGUUCAUCAAGAUAUGUCUGCUUCCUUGUCCCAUUAUUUCAUAUACACUGGUCACAAUUCCUACCUUACCGGAAAUCAGUUCAGCAGUGAUUGUAGCGACGUUCCGAUCAUCGAUGCUCUUAAGAGAGGCGUUAGAGUGAUCGAGCUCGAUCUCUGGCCAAAUUCAAGUAAAGACAAUGUUCAAGUUCUCCACGGAAGAACCCUAACUGCACCGGUGGGGUUGAUCAAGUGUCUACGAGCAAUCAAAAAGUAUGCUUUUGUCGCGUCUGAAUACCCGGUUAUAAUAACUCUAGAAGACCAUCUUAGUAGUACACCAUAUCUUCAAACUAAAGUGGCCGAGAUGAUAAAAGAAACAUUUGAAGACAUAUUAUUUAUCCCCACAAGCACCAAUUGUUUAUCAGAAUUCCCUUCACCAGAAUCAUUAAAGGGAAAGAUCAUUGUUUCAACUAAACCUCCAAAAGAAUAUAUUGAAGAAGAUGUGGAUUUGCAAAAGAAGAAGAAGCCAAUGCUGAAGAAUGGUGCAAGUGAGUAUAAACGGUUGAUUACUAUCCAUGCUAAGAAACGCAAAGGUACAAUUGAAGAAUGUCUAUCCGAGGAUCCUGAUGGUGCCAAACGUCUUAGCUUGAACGAACAAAAGCUAGAAAAGGCUGUUGUGGUUUGUAGAACCGAUAUAGUAAGGUACACACAAAGAAACAUAUUGAGAGUGUUCCCUAAGGCGACACGGUUGGACUCAUCAAACUAUGAUCCUUUGAUCGGAUGGAUGCAUGGAGCACAAAUGGUCGCGUUUAACAUGCAGGGAAAUGAUAGGCCACUUUGGUUGAUGCGGGGGAUGUUUAGAGCCAAUGGGGGUUGCGGUUAUGUGAAGAAACCAGACAUCCUUUUGCAAAUUGGUCAUGAUAAUGAAGUAUUUGAUCCCAAACAGAAAUUGCUAGUCACAAAGAGUUUAAAGGUAAAAGUAUACAUGGGAGAUGGCUGGUAUUCGGAUUUUAAACAUACCCAUUUUGACAAAUACUCGCCACCAGAUUUCUAUGUCAAGAUUGGCAUAGCUGGAGUGGAAGCUGAUACGAUGAUAAAGACAUCGAGAACAAUCAUGAACAAUUGGGUACCGACUUGGGAAGAAGAGUUUUUGUUUCCACUUACUAUUCCAGAUAUGGCAUUGCUUCAGAUUGAGGUUCAUGAAUAUGACAUAUCUGGAAAGGAUGAUUUUGGAGGCCAAACUUGUCUUCCUGUUUCCGAGUUAAGAACUGGAAUUCGAACCGUGCCUCUUCACAAUGAAAAAGGGGACGAGUACAAAUCGGUUAAGCUUCUCGUGAGAUUUGAAUUUGUUUAGUUUCUAUUUCAUGUUAUUCUUUGAACAUUUCAAUAAGAGCAAGAGUUUAGUAAAGCUUCAACAUUUUUUUGUUUCA